UUGUGUGUAAGUGUGUAAAACAAACUAGAACAACAAUAAAACAUUACAGCAACAUGAGCGACCAGGAACGAGCUCUGAGCGACGGCAGAGAUGCAUCCCAUGUCAACGAUAGCGAUAAUGAGGCUGAUGACGUGGGCGAGGAGGAGCAGGAGGUGGAGGGGGAGGAGGACGAGGAGGCCAUGCAGGCAGCACUAAGGGAAAUGGUUCAGGUGCCCGAUAUUGACCCCAAGCAGAGGCAAGCGCCAAUCAGGCAACCGCCAGAGCCCCGCCACAUUGGCAAUCUAAUUGAGAGACUCAAGAAGACUGCGUCGCCAGAAACACAAAAGAAAUGGCUCAAGACAGUGACAGAUGUGGGAAUUCAAUCGGAAAGCACCGCCGUCGACAAGCAGAGCACUCCCGAACACAAGCCAAGGAAAGCAGAGCCCUCGGGCGAGAGACUGAAGGAAACAGCCAUGCCGCCAGGCACUUCGGCUGAGCCGCUGCCCACAGAGCAACAGCCCGAAUCGGACCCAAUAAAAAAGCCCGAGGCUGGCACGCAGAUGUCGAUGCAAAACUAUUUGCAGCUCGCAGUUAAGCCCGAGCAACUGGAGCACACAACACCAGACGAAGAAUCCAAAUUGGAACGCAUUGAAGCUGCGUCCAGGCCCAAGUCGUAUUUUCAAAUCAGGGAUGAGGCCGAAGCUGCCAUUGCUGCCUUAGCAACUCCAGCCAAAAAGGCGCAUGUCGCCGUCAGACCAGAGAUGGUAUUGGAGCCAAGCAAGCACUCGACAGGCGCGAUUAAUAUACUGACGGGCUCAUUUCGACGCAGCCUCAACUUGGAGCCCAGCGAUGAAGAGCCACCAACAUCGAAAGCAUUGCCCGAGGGCAAGAAGACAAAGUUCUUCACUAAUUUGCCAUUGUUUGGUCGAGGUAGAACAGAAUCCUCGGCUGUCGAGAAAUCGACUGCAGAAGUGCCUAACCAGGAGAGGCACACCACACAGAAGGCAACCAGCAGCUUUUUUUCUAAUCUCACAUCGUUUAAAAGAAGUCGACCAAAGCCCCAUGAGAAGCAGACUGAGUCUAUCAACAUCACUGCCCCCAAUCUGUUUGUGGAUGAGGCAAUGGAGGCUACCGAGGUUCAGACCACCCCAGUACCGAGCACGGGUGUGAUUGGUGCACGGUAUUCUCCAGUACCGAGCACUGGAAUCAUAGAUACCGGGACUACUCCGGUGCCCAGUGCUGGAAUAAUAGAUACCGGGACUACUCCAGUGCCGAGUACUGGAUUCAUAGAUACCGGAACUACUCCAGUACCAAGCACUGGAGAGAUAGAUGAUGGGUCUAUUUCAAUACCAAGCACUGGACUAAUUUAUGAAGGCUCUACUCCAAUACCGAGCACUGGGGAAAUAAACGAAUCGUCUACUUCAAUAGCAAGCACUGGUGUAAUAGAUGCUGGGUCUUCUCCAGUGACAAGCUUUGGAGUAAUAGAAGCACGAUCUCCUCCAAUACCGAGCAAGUUAGUGAUAGAUGUGGGAUCUACUCCAAUUCCAAGCACCAGCUCAAUGGUACAGGCCGAAGAAUAUUUCUAUGACCCGGAAGCAGAAGGUGAAGACGAAGAACUAAUUCAGUCAGAUAACUACGGCGUAGUCACUUAUCGAGAGCCUCUGAUUGAAAAUGCAUCUACCAUGCCCAAUUACUUCAAUCAGUCUGAAGAAACAGAUGAACGAUUGUCCAGCAGUUCAACCAACUCUAAAGAGUCGCUAGCUGAAAGAGCUUCAUCCCAAGAUGAAGAGACGGAAUCUUCAAUGAAAUCUAAUCGAGUUGAGGAUUCUAGAUCUUCAAUUACAGCUAAGAACGGAGGCCAUAAUCUAAUUCCAGGCAAAACUGCGAGUGCGAGAGCAGACCAAAGCAUCAGUACAAUCAUAUAUAGGGAGCCCGAUCUAGCUACAGCAGCACGAAGCUUAACCUCAACUAAUCAACCUAUCGAAGUCAAUGAACAGCCCUCAACGACUAUGACUGGCGAGGCCGAGCCAGCUAACCCUUUAACACGAACUGUAAAGGCCCUCACCUCCGCGUCUAGGCAACUGGAGGAGCCGAUUAUUAACUUGAUAUAUAAUUUUCCGAUCUACGGCCGGAGUAGACCAACGCCAAUCGACAGCAGCCCAGUAAGUGAGGAAACCCCCUUGCCAACUACUUCAGAUCCAGUCAGCGUCGAGCAGCCGCCAAGUCUUUCCAGGAUUGGCAGAGACAAACCAUCAACAAAUCAAGUGAUUGCUCACGAUCCGGAGAGCUCUACACCAAUGCCUUGUGAGCCCAACAUUGAUAUACGUACUGCUGUGCCAACUGAUAGCGCCUGGGGCAGCUCAGCUAAUAGUGCCCAGAAUGAGUCGAACUCCAGCUUACGCCAUCUGGUGCCAACUAUGACCUACAGUGGAGCCUCUCACCUUACAGGACAGCCAAGAGCUUCGCCCGUUGAAGACAGUUCGGCUGUCGAAGGGGAUAUUCCGUCUACUAGCAAUUCCUUGGCUACCAACAUAUUGCGCUACUUUUUCCCGUCAGAUUCAAAAAAUCACCCACAGCAGGAUCACGUGCAGCAAGUCGCGAUGCAGCCGUUGCCCAAUGAAGUGAUUAUAAUCCCGCCGCAGCUGCUGAAAGACAAAGAUCACAAAUCGGAGAUCAGGAAGCAGGGCAACGAUAAGAAUAAGGAAAAGGAAGCGGCAAAGGAUGGGGAUGAGACGACCCAGUCCGGCCAUGUGAGGCAUUCCGAGUCGAUGCGCACUCUGACCAUAGUCGGACGGCACUCGCACAUAACGACGACCUACCGGGAUCAUUGCCAUUACGAAAGGCGCAACGAGGGCGUCGAUAAGAUCGCCAAGCGCAAGCUGAUCAUAGCCAGCGGCCUCUGUGUCACCUUCAUGAUCUGUGAGAUCAUUGGCGGCGUACUCUCUCGCAGCCUGGCCAUAGCCACGGAUGCAGCACAUCUGCUGACGGACCUAGCCGGCUUUCUCAUAUCCCUGUUCGCCCUAUACCUGAGCGCCCGCCCCUCCACGCAGCGCAUGAACUUUGGCUGGUACCGCGCGGAGGUGAUCGGCGCCAUGCUCUCGGUCUACUUCAUCUGGGUCAUCACGGGCGUGCUGGUGUACAUGGCCAUAGAGCGGCUGGUCACGGGCAAGCAUGAUGUGGACGCCAAGAUCAUGCUAAUCACCUCCGCACUGGCGAUCGCCUGCAACAUCAUCAUGGCCAUCCAGCUGGGCCAUGGGCACUCGCAUGGCUCCCACGCCCACGGGGCGGCACAUGCCCAUUCGCCCAGGGAGCCGCGGCUGCGCCUGAAGCCGUCCGAGACAUCCACCGUUCCGGCCGGCUCCAAGAUGAAUAUUGUUAGUCCCGUUCUCAAGGAGCAGCAGGAGCUGCUGCCACUUUCCGUUUCGGCCCAAUGCACCCGGGUCGACAAGGAGAACAUCAAUGUGCGUGCCGCCUAUAUUCAUGUCAUCGGCGAUAUGAUUCAAAGUCUCGGCGUCUUCGUGGCCGCAUUGAUUAUUUUCUUUAAGCCCAACUGGGCGUUUGUUGACUCCAUUUGCACGUUCAUCUUCUCGGUGAUCGUCCUGAUCGUUACCUUUCGCAUCUUGAAGGACGUGCUGAUGGUGCUCAUGGAGGCGACGCCCGACUACAUGGACUACGGCGAGGUGCAGCGCACUUUCCUCAGCAUCGAGGGAGUGGAGCAUGUCCACAACCUGCGCAUCUGGGCGCUGAGCAUCAACAAGAUAGCCCUCUCCGCCCACUUGGCCAUCAGCAAGGACGCUGAUCCCCAGGUCAUUCUCGACAAGGCCACCACAUUGAUUCACAAGCACUACAACUUCUUCGAGACAACCAUCCAGAUCGAAGAGUAUACGCCUGGCAUGGAGGACUGCAAUCAGUGCAUGACUCCCCAGGCCGAGGCCAAGACCGCCGAUGACAAGGGCAAACCAAAGGAUUACGUGAAUGCCAAGGAUGAUGCCGAGUCAUCGAAGAAAUCGGCGAUAACUUAA